AUAAUUGGUUAUAGUUAGUCAUUGUUCGAAUGUGUUCUUGUAAUUGUAAAUUGCCCGUAAUUUGUUGCAAUUUCGUUCGUAAUUGUGUGUCUCACCAUUUUCUCACCAAGUGCUAAAUUUAGGAAAAAGGAGCUAUAGAUAUAUCGCGCCGAGUUUUAUUUGACAUCCCAAUACUUCAAGUUUUUUCACUCAAUUAUUACAAAAAAAUUUAAGCUUGUGUGAUUUGCAUUUGAAAUGGCGGAGCUAGAUUGGUUCCAAGGCAAGCUUAGUUGUCUUUCUACAGACGAAAACGUUCUGGAUAAUCUCAGUGAAGUUAACAUCGCCGCAGCCAAUCUGAGACCUAACCAGCUCUCUGUCAUCGCUUCCAAUCUACCUUUAGGGUCUAUCUUCGACUGCGUCAACUCCUCUGAUUUAGAUCAGAUUAACGCAGCCUGCAGUGCACUCAAAUUAUUUUUAUCUGCUUUGGAGCCAAGAUUUGUUCUCUCUCAGUAUGGAGUUCACCUGAUGAGAGCCUUAAAUCAUCCAGAACCGAAUGUUCAGCUGCUAACAAUUGAGCAGUUAAACCGUAGUAUCUCAGAGGUCGAUCUUCUUUCAUCCAAUGAUCUUGAGAUCAUAAAAGCUGUGAUAAACUGCCUUGGCAAGGAUUUGGUAGUAGCGCAACCUUGUAUCAAAUUUUUAAUAACAUUGAGCCACUCACCUGCCGGUUUAAGCGCACUUUUCUCACCACCAAUUUUACGACUGCUUGAAUCCACCAUGGCAAUCAGUAGCGUUGUGCAACUCAGGGUUUUUGAAGUAGUUGUUGGCAUCAGUACCUUCUCUGCACCCAGUCUUCACGCAUGCCAUGCCUCUGGAGUGUUUUCUUCAUUGUUUGAUACGCUUAAAAAUAUGAAAGACAGCUUGGCAAGGUUUGCCUGUCUUGAGUUACUGACUAGUCUAGCUCUCACAUAUCAUGGCCUCAAAUUUCUGGAAGACGAAGGUAUCUUGAAGUAUCUGGCCGAUCAGUUAUCAGCUGUACUCGGAGAAGAUGAUACUGGUCUUAAUUCGCUUUACGUCCCCUGUUACAUCAAAUUCUUUGGAAAUGUAGCCCAGUUACAACCAGAGUACAUCUUCUCCAAGUAUCCUAAUAUUAUUGACAAAAUCUUUGAAGCAGUGGAUUCACCUGACCGAGACACUGUUUGUAAAGCCUUGGAGACUGUCAGUUACAUUGCCACAACGACACGUGGCAAGCAACUUUUGAGCACAUAUGAUAAUAAAAUGACCAUCACCAUCGAACAAAUUGGAAGCUAUUUGAAGGGGAUGCCGAUGGAGUACAAAGUCACAGCCAUGAAUGCUCUUGCAAAUAUGUUUAAAUUAGAUAUUACUGACCUCACAGAUGACUUGUUAUCCAUUACCAAAUCAUGGUUUUAUAAAUUAGGUGAAGAUCCAAUGCAAAAUAUCAUGAGUAUUUGCCGUCAACCAUUUGUCGAAACAAGGUGCGCUGGUCUCCUUGUUCUCAAGUCAUUAGCCAUACUACCCUGGGGAUUGGAAGAGUUUGUGCGGUAUCCAGGUCUCCUAGAAUUUCUCUUGGACCGAUCAAGCGACACAACGAUGCAGUGCAAGGACGCCAAGUACCAGGUCAUCAAACAGAUCAUCGAAGCUCCUAAAGCCAAAGAGAUAUUGCCUGGUCCAAUGUAUGUGCGAAUGCGAGAGUAUGUUAGACAAGGGCUUGUCCACGUUCCCGUUCAGAUGGAAGUUGCUGUUGAUGGCAUGUAAUUAUCUGCCCACUCAGAAAUCUCAAGUGACAAAAUCCUCUUAAGUUGGGUGCAGGGUUGUAGAUCUAGGCUAGCGGAUUUUUUAUGGUCUUGAUAUUCAGCGGAGACAAUUGUGUGACUGAAGACUUCAGUUGCUACAAUUGAGAUUUUACGAACGAAUGGUUGUUGCUAUCUAACAGUAUUGGUCAGAACUAUCAACACUUUGUUUGGAUGAAUGUUAUCUUGUAUACUGAUAUUUACUGGAGGUUUUAAUGAAUGGAACAAGUUAAAACUAAAAUUUCUGAAUUUUCCUUGCAAAAUAUCCACUUAUAAUUCAAAUGAAUUACCAGUGCCUCCAUUCAUGAGGUAAGACUAUUGUGAUCCUUCUACUUUUUUGUUUCUAAUUUGAAUUUUGCAUCCAUCUCUUUUAAAGAUUAUUUGCUGUAAGUAGCUCCUAAAUCGGACGUAUGUCUGCCAAAAGGAACUGUGAAUUAUGACGUAAGACUUGUUAUACAUAUAUUCUUAUGGGUCUCAGGGCUCAUUUCUAAAUGCAGAUAGUUUCAUUUGGUAGAAAUACGUCCAAUUCUGCCGUCCCAGGGAAAAAUGCUGCACAAGCAUUCAAGUGUUGCCAAAUUUACUCUCAGAAAAAACCUAUUUUUAAGCAAGCUGUAAAUAAUUUUCAUUGAAACCUCAAGACACUUAAGAUAAAAUUAUGAAUACAAUUCUCUGGAAAUUCGUGAUUUGUGGAAGGAAGUUUAGCAACGUCUAAAUGCUCAUACGGUGUUUUUCAUUAACCUGGCAGCAUUAUACACUGGCACUCUGCAACAACUACACGCAGCAUGCAACCGUCUUUGAGGUCUCUGAAUUUCUUGGUUUCCGCCUUGCCAUUGGUCCUCCUCUGGACAUCCGUGAUUGAUCAUUAUUUCUUUAAAUGAAAAGUUCAAAGAAUUCUUUUAUAAAUGCUUUCAUGAGCGGAUUUUUAAGCUAAUGCUCGUUUUUCAUGCUGGAUUCCAAAUAAUUAUGUUUAUGUGAUCCUUUUUACCAAAAAAAGAGAAAAAGGCCACUGAUUGGAAUUCAAUAACUGCUACUUUUGUGUCAAUUAGAUGAUAAGGUAUUUCUGUGAUUUUUUCAAUACCUAUUCUUGUGUUGUUUUUUUCUCUUUCUAAUACAUGGAACAUUUUUUACUCCACCGCAGCAA